GGGAGGAGGAGCGGGAGGAGAGGAGCACAGGGCGUAUUAAACAACUCUUCUUUACCUUUCCUCUGUAUGUCUUUCUCAUUCCCAAUAGUUUUCCAUCCGAUGUAACUCUCCGAGGGGCUCCGGAGGACACUGGCGUGACGAGGAGACCGACAGCAUCGCGUGAUUGGCAGGUGACGUGAUUCACGUCCACAAGGUGGCACGGGGAAGACGAGUGGCAGGUGUGUAGGAAGACCAGCAUGGCUGUGGAGAGCUUCUCUGAGCUCCUCCAGAAACUGCGGGAGGUCCAUGACCAUGAGUUAGAGGUGUGGCAGGAGAAAGUAAUGGAGCUGUCAACUAAAAAGAAUAUCGAUACAAAGCGCAUGGAAGAACUUUACAACAGGAACCAGCAGAUGAGAGAACAGCAGCGGAUUCUCACUGAGAACAUCAAACAGCUGGAGAACAGGUUGCGGGCCGGGUUGUGUGACAGGUGUACAGUCACUCAGGACGUGGCUAAAAAAAGACAACAGGAGUAUGAAAACUCUCAGCUCCAGAGUCUACAGCACAUCUCUUUACUGGUGAGUGAGAUGAAUGCUCUAAAGAAAGAAAAUGACAGACUGAGAGAGGAGCUGAAGGGCAUGAGGGAGCUAUCGAAUCGGCAGAAUGGUCAUUCAGAGGACACAAUCACCCCAGAGAUCAAGAUGUCACCUGACACAGCAGCGGCUGCUGUGGCUCACCUGACCUCAGGGCUGAAGUCCAGCAAACCUCCACCAGGGGACGCCACUGUACCUGUAGCGACUGUCAAACGAGAGAUGGUCAACAGCCCGACCGACAGUCAGGAAAAAUCAUCUGAACUCAGAUUCAUGCAACGCUGGGGCAAGGCGUUUUCAUUUGAAUCUAAUAAGACCAUGUUGCCCACCUCAGGCCCCGUGAGAUGGGGGAACGAACACGGCACUGACAGGAGACCUUCCAGCGUGGACUUGGUGGAGCACCGACAUUCCCCUUUGUCUCCUCCUGUCGCAUCUCCUCUUAGACUACCGAAGAACAAUUCCAUUUUUUCUUCUGCUGCCUCUGAGGAACGUAGUUGCCGGCAACAAAUCCACGCUCCCGUCCCCUACCGGCCGCUUCCGAUCAAGACUGGUGGCCUGUCUAUCCCAUGGCCACUCUCUGAAUCCACUGACUGGGUAACAGUAGAAGCAGCCGGCUCUGGUGUUAGUAGUGGGAUAGCGGUUAAUUCAAGCCAGAGCCCAUUUUUAAGCUCAAGCAUACUACGUUUCCCUAAACUGGUCCUACCAAGCAGCGCCCUCCAGUCUCGCAUGCACGGCUCAACGCCUGGCGGCCCGCGGCCCUUGUCCCGCAGAAACCUCUCGGAGCAUGUAGAGAGUAGCGAAAAGAAAGCGACAGAAGUCGUUAUAGCGCCGCCCCAGUCAGAGAGGAUUUUUGGCGAGAAUUUAAGAGAGGAGGAAGAGGAAGCGCCGCUGGACCUGUCCGAGUCAGGACGCUCAAAAAGCCAAGAGAAAGAGAAGACGCACUCACAGAGCGAUGCAUCUUCGUCUCUGUCUUCCUCACCACCUGCUACACUUUCAUCGUCGUCUCAAUGUCCAUCGAGCCCUCAAAGUGACCAGCUGACAGCAGAUAAUAAUACACAGCAGGAGGAAGCACAGGAAAGAUGUAAAGAACAGGAAGAGGUAAAGGAAGGUGAAACAUCUCAAGCCGCUGAAACCUCUUUCAGCUCAGAGAUCAAGAAAAUCCCAUCACUAACCCUUUCCCUCCAACCAGUUGUGGUUAUGGAGCCGCUUAAAGCUGGAGGACAGAUCACUGAUCUUGGGAGCAGACCAAUGGAGCAAGAGGAGAAGGAGAACAACAACAACCUGGAAACAAGCAGAAAAAGACCUGGGCAGGACACUGAUGCUCUUUUCCUGCGCUCGCUAAAGGAGAAGAAAAUACGGCUGAGCAGAGGACCUCAAGGAAACCAUGCAGCCCCAGAUCAAGGAUGAAGGCAAUGGAUUCUACUACAAUUCAUUUACUGUGGUUAUUAAGCCAGCCAUUUUAUUUCACCCUUCAUCACCAGCCUCCAAGUCCAAAUCACUGGCGUUCACUUUAGUUUCCCAGAAAAAAAACAACUCUAGACUUUAACUGCACAUCUAUCAACAUAA